AAGGAAGGGGGAAAAAAAAAAAAACCUGGAACGCCUUCUUUCAUUCAUUCACAAUUCUUUAUACUUGGCUGGAAAAGAAAAAAAAAAAGCAAGAAAGAACAGAGAAGAAGCAUCACCUUCUUAUAAGUUGACUCUUCAAGAGUCUCAGCAACACUUCACAGUCCAUAAUAUAUGCCUCUUUUCCAUUUCUCUUAUCGCUGCUGAAAACAAAAAUUCACAUCUGGGAGCUACUUGUCGUCUACCCUUCCAAGACCAACGUUGCUGAGCGGACCCUGCGUUUGUGUACGGUGGCAACCAUGCCCUAUGUGGAAUACUUAUACGGAACCUCAGCUGAUGCCCUCUAUGCAGUUGGCUUCUGACUUCUGCCGCCUGUGUGAAUCGUGGUUUGGUUGUUUCUGCUUUUUUUUUUUGGAUCAGCUUUCUCAAACUGGUGCUGACGGGGAGGGGGCAAGCUAAGGGGUUAAAGGGGGGGCUUCGCCUGAUGUUUGAUCAGGCUACUAGUAUGGGCGAUGGAGUGUCCGAAGAGAGGAGCCCUCUGUGUGGCAAGUCAGCCACGUCGUGUGCGGAGCGACUCAGAGACAAGGGAAGCAGAGCGGAUCUGGAGUGCUCCCUACGAGGCCAUAGCAUAAAGGACAUUCCCGUGACCUCCACCUCUAGCCCGGGAUCGUCCAAAGAGGAAACUCAGGACACCCAGUCUGCGGGAGAAGCUGAUUACUGUCGACGGAUCCUGGUCCGCGAUGCCAAAGGGACGAUCCGGGAGAUUGUUCUACCGAAAGGUCUGGAUCUUGACCGGCCAAAGCGCACACGAACCUCCUUCACGGCGGAGCAGCUGUAUCGGCUGGAGCUGGAAUUCCAGAGGUGCCAGUAUGUUGUCGGCAGGGAGAGGACUGAGCUGGCCAGACAACUUAAUUUGUCCGAAACACAGGUCAAGGUCUGGUUCCAGAACCGAAGGACCAAGCAGAAGAAGGACCAGAGCAGGGACUCUGAGAAACGCUCCUCUUCCACCUCCGAAUCCUUUGCGACUUGCAAUAUUUUACGGUUAUUGGAGCAAGGUAGACUGUUGUCCGUACCAGCACCACACAAUUUGCUCUCUCCUAGUCAAAACCCAAUGUGCACCCCGUCAGCCAAUGGAUCCAGCUUGGGUAAUUCGGGCAGCACGUCACCAGGAAUAAGCAGUAGCCCUCCCGGAGCCGGGGCCUUCACCCUCCAAGUCCCGUCCUUAGCUUCAUCGACUUCUCCGAGGCUACCAGGUCCCCUGUGUUUCCCAGGUCCUCUACUUGGAGCCCUCCAUGAAAUACCAACCGGUUACGGACUGGGUAGCUCGGCAUUCGAGCCCUACACCCGCCUGGAGAGAAAAGACAGUGUCACCAGCAAGAAGCCGAGUUCUUAAGAGUCAUCGUUGACCCCAAAACUUGUGUCAAAGUCCACUUCAUUUGCUUCCUGUCCACACACCUAGUGACUGGUCUUGCAAGUCAAACGAAAUAUCAAGAGACCUUUCCAACCAAAUGUG